UUGAUUGUUGAGUGUCAACCCGUUUUUCUUACCUUUCUCUGAAUUCGAUCCUACUCAAGUACCAGGAAAUUGCUAGAGAGGAUUGAGGAAGAACGAGUUCUUGGAAAGUGUAAUAAAGUGUGUGAUAUUUUAGAUUUUUCGAAGAGGUUGUCAGUGUUGAAAUGGUAAUUUUAAAUUCUUACCAGAUUGACUUAAACCAGACAUGACUUUGCAGUUUCCCUAUAUAUAUAUAUAUGUGUGUGUGUGUAGUUUUUGUUCAUAUUUCUGCAUAAUUUGGAGGGUGAUGGGGAACAAAAGUUCAAGUUCAAGAAGAUUUUCAUCUUUUAGUUCGUCAUCAUUUGAUCAUCAUGAUCAUGGCUAUUCAUACCCUUCAUAUAGUAGUACACCUCACCACCCGUACAGCACCCCGAUGCACCACCACAUUCCGGUGGCCUACAACUACGCUCCGUCGACCCCUCAGCCACGCCGUCGGAUGGACAGGAAAUUUUCAAGAAUUGCUGAUAACUAUCAGACGUUGGAUCAGGUUACGGCUGCUCUUUCACGGUCUGGCUUAGAGUCUUCGAAUCUCAUUGUUGGUAUCGAUUUUACAAAGAGCAACGAGUGGACGGGGGCCAAGUCUUUUAAUAGGAAAAGCUUGCACCAUAUUGGAAGUGGACCAAAUCCCUACGAGCAAGCGAUAUCCAUCAUUGGGAAAACCUUGUCUGCCUUUGAUGAGGACAAUCUAAUUCCAUGUUUUGGAUUUGGAGAUGCCUCAACACAUGAUCAAGAUGUCUUUAGUUUCUAUCCGGAUGGAAGGUUUUGUGAAGGAUUUGAAGAAGUACUAAGAAGAUACCGGGAGUUAGUUCCUCAACUUCGACUUUCAGGUCCAACGUCAUUUGCUCCGGUUAUUGAAAUGGCUAUGAGCAUAGUUGAGGAAAGCGGAGGCCAGUACCAUGUUUUACUCAUCAUUGCAGAUGGGCAGGUGACAAGAAAUAUUGAUACCCCAAAUGGUCAACUGAGCCCACAAGAGAAGAAGACAGUUGAUGCUAUUGUGAAAGCAAGUGAUUAUCCAUUAUCAAUCGUUGUCGUUGGGGUUGGAGAUGGUCCUUGGGAUAUGAUGCAGGAAUUCGAUGACAACAUUCCUGCACGAGCAUUUGACAAUUUUCAGUUUGUGAAUUUCACAGAGAUCAUGUCAAAGAAUGUGGAUCAUUCAAGAAAAGAGGCAGAAUUUGCUCUUUCAGCAUUGAUGGAAAUCCCUUCUCAAUAUCAAGCUACUCUAGAGCUCAACAUACUGGGUCAUCAGAGUGGAAAUGCUCCCAGCAGAGCUGCUCUUCCGCCCCCCAUUGGCAGCGGUAACUCCAGCACUAGACGCAGGCCUUAUAGUUCCAGCAGUUUCCAGAGGAAUGUUCCCCUUUAUCCCGAAUAUGAAACGACUUUUCAGACAGCCUCGUCCUCCAGCUCUCUUUAUGACAGAAAGGUUUGCCCCAUAUGUCUUAGUAAUUCAAAAGACAUGGCUUUUGGCUGUGGACAUCAGACCUGUUGCGAGUGUGGAGUAGACCUUGAAUACUGUCCAAUAUGCCGGAGCACAAUUACAACCAAAAUAAAGCUUUAUUCAUAGGCAUGCAAAGGAUAGUCAUCUGAACUUGUCAAUCCAGGGAGGCCCUGAUAUUCAUUCAACGCUGGACAGACGGAAAGGUUAGAUACAUGACCUCAGACAGCAGAUAUCAACUUCUCAAUCUCAGUCCCUUGAGAUUUCUUGUUAAAAACAAGAUUCCUGAGUAUUUACCAAAUGUACAUAUAAUAGAUGAACAAACAUGAUUAGCUGAUUCUGAUCAAUAAUGAGAUAAGGAUCUCUAGUGUAAGCAUUGGAGGACCUAGCUUCACGGAUCUUUUCUGUUUGAGUUUUAGCCAUGGAAUUGGAGAGUGCUGAUUGAAUUGCAUUGGAGUCGUACUGUUUUUCCUUGCAAGAAAGUAGAUUGCGCAUCUAUGUAACUAUAGUGCAUAAAGAUGUACUUGUUGCAAAAACAACCAUACUAGUAAAUCAGUCGGA